CCACUGGUUGAGAGCCUUAGAAACUACUUUCAUUUGGAGGUCCUAAAGCUUCCUUCUGAAAGAUAAUGGCUCUGGUUAAUUUUACUAGGCUGAAAAACGGAGACUAAAGAGUGAGAUUUUUUUAAAGGCUUGAUUUAGAACACGACAAGCGGAGGAUGCUGGGAGUUGUAGUCUAAAGCGAGCUCCGACUAAAUGCAAACAGGAGGAGGAGAGGAAGUAGGCUCUUGGCCGACGAAGCCUCCGUUACUCCUCCGCCCUCGGGACGGGCCCAGGCCGGUGGUUCCUGCCCACAGCGCAGAGAGAGGCCUCGGUGCCAGAGCCUGCUCCAUGGAGAAGCGGCUGGCCGAGUUCCGAGCGGCCCGGCAGGCCUCCGCCGCCCCUCCGGCGCCUCCUCCUCCUCCCCCUCCCGCGAAGACCCCGAGAGCCGAGGCAACGGCGGGCAAAGAGCAGGCCUCGCCGCCUCCUGAGGAAUCCAGUCAAAGCCCCAAGGCCCAAGCUGCGACGACCCCUUUGCCAUGGUGGACCCACUCCUUUUUUAUGAAUGUGACUUUUCUCAAGUUUCUUCUCUGGCUGGUGUUACUAGGACUGUUUGCGGAACUGGAGUUUGGUUUGGCGUAUUUUGUGCUAUCCAUGUUUUAUUGGAUCUAUGUUGGAACCCGUGGUCCUGGAGAGAGACAGACUGGAGAAAAAAGUGCUUAUUCUGUGUUUAACCCUGGCUGUGAAGCUAUUGAAGGAACUCUAACAGCUGAACAGAUUGAGAGAGAACUGCAAUAUCAGCCCCUGUUAUGGAGAUAGCACACGUGAAUAGACCUAACUUUUAUUUGCACAACAAUGGAAGAAAUUUCCUAAGAAAACAUUUCUCAUCCUCUGGAAAAAGAAAGCUUCAACAUGAUAAUUACAAUCUAGCUGCAAUCCUCAUAUAAGCAUUUAAAAGGUGGUGGGAUUUUGACCUCUCCUAAUUUAAUGUUUGCUAUGGUCAAAUAAAACAUACUGUAACUAUGCCAGCAAAUUCUACUCAUAUGAAUGAUUAAAGUGGAUUUUUAAUAUAAAACAAGGAAAAGUGCCCAGCUUUGACCCAUUGACCUAUCCCAGUGCCAUUUCUUUACCCAACUAUUGUUCUUCAGUGUGUUAUCGAAGGCUUUCAUGGCCAGAAUCACUGGGUUGCUGUGAGUUUUCCGGGCUGUAUGUUCCAGAAGCAUUUUUUCCACAAAAAAUAUUACUCAGCGCCCCCUGGAAAGGGGGCGUGGCUUAGAUGGGUGGGCAUGUCUCCUGCUCAAGAGGGCGAGGCUGAGCCUCUCCCCUAGUCCAAGAUGCAGGGCUGGGAGGGGGAGUGGGAGGUAGGCAGGGCCAAAAAAUAGGCAGCCAGGACUGGGAUGGGCGGAGUUAUGAGCUCUAAGGCAGGGCUAAGCUUCUAUUCCUGUCCUGGGCAUCUGCCAGGACACGGGACGGGGCCUCUUCCCAAGUGCCUGACGGGGCUGAACCUCUAUACCCCACCCCCGUGUUCUAACAAGCAGCUCAGGGGAGGUAUACAGAGGCUCAGCCCUGUCUCGCACUCUUGGAAAGAGGCCUCGCCCCCGCCCCAGCCCCACCCUUUUGUCCUAAAAGGUCUCUCAGGAGAGGUAUAGAGGCUCAGCCCUGUCUCGGGCUCUUGGAGGGAGGUCCUGCCACUUGUCCUAAUAGGUGCCAUCACCGCCCCUCUGGAUCGCUGCAGCGCCCAUCAGGGAGUGGUAGCACCCACUUUGGGAAUCACUGCUCUACAGCUAUUCUUCCAAAUAUGCAGGUUUCACUUUUGCAGAUUUGAUUAUUCUCCGAUUUGAUUAAUAUGUUCCGCCUAGGAAUGUCUAGGUCCUCCAGCUUUAUGAUGUAUCUUCCACAUGCAAAAUACAGAUCUUAGAAAUCUUUUAGGACUGUAGUUCCCAGGCCAUUGACCAUUCUGGCUGGUAUUAUAAUCCAAAACUACAGUGUUUCUAAACUACAAAAUCAUGUGUGAAAUGCUAUUAGUAUUAAUAAUGCUAUUGAUAAUAGUAUGAUAGCAUAGUACUUUGUGAGUGAAUGGAAAUGACAUCUAGAUUUCUUGAUUUGACCCAAGAAACAGUUGUCUCUAAAACUGUUCAGAGUGCUUCUCACAUUUGGGAUAAUAUUACUUGCUUCUAAAAAGUUAGUAAAUAGUGUCUUCCUACACUUAACGACUAAGAAGAUCAAUGUUAUGUUUGAUGGGAUCUCCUUCUGGGUGAUAUAGAUCAGAUUACCACAUGGUGUGCUUCACUUUGGCUCAGAAAAGGGAUCUUUGUUCCCACAAUACAUAUUCUGACUUAUCAAUACAUGAAAAUCCAAUUAAGUACAUACCAGGCAGCAGGGAUUUCUGUCCUCUUUCCUUACAUGUGUUUUGAUUUUGCAAAAUACAUAUAUAUGCAUCAACAGUAAGCAAAGAUGAUUGGAUUGACACAUCACCAUGGAUUUGUACUGUUCCAGCAGCAGAAAAAUCAGAAAUGAUUUUUAAAGCUUGGUUGUCCAUAACUCUACCUGAAUCUGUCUGCAAGCACUCUGACCAAACUUCAAAGAUUCCAGUUCUUAUGCAGACCCCUUACUCUUGUGGAGUUCUCUUCCAUUUGAGGAUAUUUUUACUUCUGAGGGGUCUGAUAUCUGUCAUGAAGUGCCUGAGUAAUUCAGAGUCAUCUGGUGACUUGGUGCGACUGCAAUGUAGGAUUAAUGCAGUUUGACAACACUAACUGUCAUGGCUCAUCCUUGUAAAACUCCCUUGAUUUCAUAGCAUUGAGCAGGCAUUUACACCUUUAGGUUCACUCUCUCCGCUACUAGGAUGUUGAGAAAAAUUGGAUAUAUAAACCUAAUUAGAACCACUAUAGCAUAAUUCUACAGCUGCCACUUGAAGUUUCCCCAGUAUAUUCUUAAAAAGUAAUGUAUUGAUCUGUUUCUAAAGCAUUUCAUUUAGCUGCAUGGCCUGAUUUGUUGUAUUUUAUUGUAUUAAUCUAGACAGGUUUUUGUUUU